AUGGAGCCAGGUAGUGUAGAGAACCUGUCAGUUGUGUACCGGAGCCACGACUUCCUGGUGGUCAACAAGCACUGGGAUGUUCGGAUUGACAGCAAGACUUGGCGUGAGACGGUGACACUGCAGAAGCAGCUGCGACAUCACUUUCCCGAGCUGGCCGACCCCGACACCUACUAUGGUUUCAGGUUCUGCCACCAGCUUGAUUUCUCUACUAGCGGGGCGCUGUGUGUGGCCCUGAACAAGGCAGCUGCUGGCAGCGCUUACAAAUGUUUCAAGGAGCGGCGUGUCACCAAGGCCUACCUGGCGCUGGUUCGGGGUCACAUCCAGGAGAGCCGCAUAACUAUCAACUAUGCCAUUGGCAGGAGCAGCACAGAGGGACGAGCUCACACUAUGUGCAUCGAAGGCACGCCAGGCUGCGAGAACCCAAAGCCAAGCCUCACGGAGCUGGUAGUCCUCGAGCACGGGUUCUACGCAGGGGACCCUGUCUCCAAGGUGCUGCUGCAGCCACUCACAGGCCGGACACACCAGCUGCGGGUGCACUGUAGGGCCCUCGGCCACCCAGUGGUGGGUGACCUGACCUACGGACGGGGCAGGGCCCGCGAAGAGAGGCCUUUCCGCAUGAUGCUGCAUGCAUUCUACCUCCGGGUGCCCACAGACACCGAGCGCGUGGAGGCCUGCACGCCCGACCCCUUCGUGCCCACCCUUGAUGCCUCCUGGAGCCCACACACCCUGGUUUGCCCCCUCAACCAGCUCAUCCAGGCCCUGCGUGCAGCUCCUGACCCUGAUCCCACUGGGGGAGCCCGGCCCUGCAGCCCUGCCCCACCCCACCCCACAGCCCCCAAAACCAAGGCACAGCAAGCCUCCUGUUUACAGUGGCUGCUGGAGUGGACACUGGAGCCGGACAGCUGA